UAUACAAGCCAAGCUGAGCUAACAAGCUGGUAUACCACUUUCUUCAAUUGACUCUACCAUUAGUUUCCACUCUGUAGUUCUUCUGGUGGGGGGUUAUGGACUCAAACCCUAGCUGGUCGAACUGCGCUCCAUUUGGAGAGAAUCAGCUGGAUCCGAACUCCAUGAAUUUCGAUGAGUUAUCGGAAUAUCUCAUGCUCGAUUAUAGGGUUGAUGAUCAUCAGGAUUCGUCGUCGCUGAGAAUGAUAUCGCCAGAAACAUGUCAUAGUACUGCUGCUGCUGCUGCUGGUGGUUCAAGUAGUGCAACAUCAAGAAAUUCCAGCACUAAUAUAAAUGCGGAGGCAAUGAAGAAUAGCAAGAGAGAAGGGGGUCAUGGCCAUAGGGUUGCAUUUAGAACGAAAUCAGAGCUGGAGAUCAUGGAUGAUGGAUUCAAGUGGAGGAAGUACGGCAAGAAGUCGGUCAAGAACAGCCCAAAUCCCAGGCUCCCUCAUAGUGAAGUUAUACAGAUUGCACUGAAUGAAUGCAUAAUGAUAGCUUAGCUCAGCUCAGCUCCGAACAUCUAGAUGGUCGUAGUCAACUUAAAGGAUGACUUGAGAGAGAGUGAGAUUUGCUUGCAUGUACGUGUUAAUCUUUCUUGAUCGAGGAGGCAUAAUUAGUGUGCGUAAACCUACGUACGUGCACUCCGGAGAACUAGAACCUAAUUCUCGUACAUGAUGAGGCGCCAUUGGAUCCUCCAUUUCAUUAUGCUUGUUGAAGAAUCACGAUUGCCAUUGGCUUCUUAAUUGGGGUCAUCAUUAGCCAAAGACCUUCACAGAAAGAUAACCUAAUUCAACUAAGCUUUACAUGAAUUUACCUAUUUGAAUCAUUCAUCUAGAUUAGUUUCUUGAGUGUUAGCUCUUAAUUAUGUAGUUUUAGGGCUUUUAGCAUGUGAGAAUUGCGCUAUGAGACAUGGGUGGCUGUUUCUAUAAAUAUAUACACUAAACAUGCAUCUUUUUUA